AUGAAGCCGUUAAUUCUAUUAUCCUACAGGCCCAAAAAAGCUCCUCACUGUCCUUGGAGAGGUAUUCAUCAAUUUCCUUCUGAGAAAGAUAGACCCACCAGUUCUCUGAACUAUUAUGAAAAAUCCCGAAGUUUUACUGAUCCAGUGGUGCCAUAUCAUCCCCCCAGUUUUGCGGAUCUCAACACCUCUCAAUGCCUCAAUGAUGGCUAUGAAAUCUCACCAAUGGCAUCAGAGGUCUCCUUUUCAAAUGUAUCUGAGGUUUAUGACGAAACUCCUUAUAAAGUAUGGCGGAAUCCUUUCCAUCAUCGAGGUCGAUUCAGUCAUUCAGAGCGUCCCUUAGUGCAUUCAAAUCCAGCUGUAAAUCGAACUUCAUACAAUAAUCAGACCUCUCUUUCUGAUCGUACAUCUGGAUUUCAAUCAAAGGAAUCACCCGAUUGGCAGUUUUCGCUAUUUUCCACAAAUUCCUAUGGUGGCUGUAGUUCUCGUUUUGGGGACUUGAUUCAGCCAAUGCCCAAUUCUGCAUCUCAAACUUGGUACCAACCGACUCAAAAGAAUCAUCCAACUACCCUUAGUCAAACUCAUUAUUCUCAAAAUGACCAGGACUCCUUUCCAUUCCGGUCGAAGAAUUCUAAAUUUAGCAGAAGCAACCAAGAUAAAGUAACUUCAUCUACAGAUCGGCUCUAUGAUAAUGAUGUUGAUGAAUCCAUGAUUGUGACUUCUAGUGAAUGGAGGGGUUCAAAUCUAUCGAAUUCCUUGAUCAAUUACAUAACUCAAGACUGGUCACCAGUAAAUAUUGAACAGGAGAAUGCUCGGACAAGGGACAAGUCACGCUGUGCUUCUUCACAGACCGAUAAAACAAGUUUGGUGAGUACCAGUUCACAAACAGAUGACCGUCUAUUCGUCUGCACUGUGUGCAGAAAUCGGCAAGACGCUCUUGCUAGGCAUCCCCCAACAUCCAACAAAUUCAGUCAAAGACCAACCAACUUCGGUCGCCUGUUCGCUUCUGCCCAGAUUCCCCAAAAUCAUUCUCCGACGAUAAACCAAAAAGCAGACAUCGAAUUAGGAAAGGGAUACAAAUUUACAUCUCAUCUUUCUCCAAGCGAACACUUCCUCUGCAAAAGUCUGGAUCUUUCCUUCUUAAACGAGGAUUAA